AUGACAUUAACAGCAUUCAUGUCUCAAAUCGCCGCAUCUGAAACUGGAAAAACCUCCGGUUCCUUUGUGUACUUGCAGGCCGCCCUUGUUUCCUGCUUCGUCCUGCUGGCCGCCACCUGCCAGGCCGGCUACGUAGCGCCCUACGCAUACCACACCGCCGCCGUGCACGUCCCCGUGGCCACCACGGUGGUGCGUCAGCCAGUGGUGGAGCACCACAGCGAGGUGGCCUACGUGCCGCCCCACGCCCACGGGUACACCAUCAGCCAGCAGAAGGUCGUCCAACCAAAGACCACCAUCACCAAGCACGACCCCUUCUUCGGUACCCACCACCAAUCCGAGGUGCACCACGCUCCAGUGGUGACCGGCUCUCACAGCUCCAUGCACCAAAGCCGAGGUGGACACUUCGUGCAUAGCCCAGUCGGCACCAUCGUCUACUAG